CGGCCCGAUUCAUUCAUAAAAUUCAGGCGGACUAUAAAUAGGAGCUCGCGGAGCUGAGUGUCACUGACCAGGUUUAUAAACCUGGAGAGAGCGACUGUAACAUCACGAAGCGAGGGAUUCGGACCAGAACAGCUGGAAUCCUGUCAAUAGUUGUGUCUGUUUGUGCUGGAGAAAUGUUCCUGAGCAAAGCUAAUUCUGAUCCGGAUUCCUCGUCCUCUUCUGCCGGGGACGCGCGCGCGCACAGACAGAUGGACAGCAGCAACACACAGGGCUCGUGCGUGGAUGCUGAGUCUCCGGGCUCGUUCGUUCCGACGGUCACCGCGAUCUCCAGCACGCCGGACCUGCAGUGGAUGGUCCAGCCCACGGUCAUCACGUCAGGGUCUCCGUCUCUGGGAAGAACCGAAAGCAACGAGCCGGCAAAGAGCAAGACCGCCGGGAGCAAGGGGAAAUGCGCUGGCAGAAAGAGCAAGAGCGAGCAGCUCUCUCCGGAGGAAGAGGAGAAGAAGAGGAUCAGGAGAGAGAGGAAUAAAAUGGCUGCAGCGAAGUGUCGCAAUAGACGGAGAGAACUCACCGACACCCUGCAGGCAGAAACAGACAAGCUGGAAGAGGACAAAGCGGCCCUCCAGACUGAGAUCGAGAACCUCCUGAAGGAAAAGGAGAGGCUUGAGUACGUUCUCGCCACUCAUAAACCUCUCUGCCAACUGCCUGAAGAGCUGGACUGCCUGUUCCCAGAGUCUCCUCAGCCACUUCCAACUCCCGAAACGGCCAGCAAACUCCCCGAGGACAGUCCGCAAGACGCCUCCUCUCUGCAGGACUUGGAGAUCCCAACAGUGCCGUCCACCGCUAUUUCCGGGAACUCCAACAUCUUGUUGUGCUCCAGCGCCGAGGUCAGUCUGUGUGACCUCGAACCCUCUCUGGACGUCAGGGAUGAGUUCCUCUCCUCCGUCGACGAGGACCGGGUCUCGGCUCGCUCCGUCCCCGACAUCGACCUGACCGGCUCGCUGGGCAUCACAGACUGGGAAACCCUAUACAAGUCCGUGGCCAAUGACCUCGAACCUUUGAGCACCCCUGUGGUGACCUCUUCCACACCUUCUUGCAGCAACUAUCUGUCUGUGUUCACCUUCGCCUGCCCCGAGCUGGACUCCCCGGCCGAGGGACUGGACGGCUGCAAAGGCGGCGUGACCAAAGCAGAAUCUGGCGUCGACAUCCUCAACUCUCCAACCCUUCUUGCCUUAUAAAUGCAAGUGUAGAUGAUGUAAUGUCACGAUAUUGUUCUUAAUAUCUAUUGGAUAUCGCAGUGUUAUGGCGUCCAGAUGUGUGAUGUUGGUGUGAAGCCUGUGGAAGUUUGUUUCCGCCACGGAAUAAAAAAAAUUAAAAAGGUAAUUGCGACUUUUUCUCCCGCAAUCAGGGUUAGAAGGUCUGCACAACAAAACAAGCGGCCAAUCAUGUUCCAGAGGGGUUUCUACAAAAACUGGACGGCACUAGUGUAAAAGUAGCCCACAAUUCCAACACUUUUGCUCACUUUUACUCACAAUUGCGUGUUUACAAAGCUUCGUAAACUCGCAAUUGCGAGUUUUAUUGCCCAAAUUGCGAGAUGCCAAAGAAAAAAUGACCUUAAAAUUCUGGCUUUAUAACUUAAGUUAUUAAGUGGGUUUAUAUCUUGCGAUUCUGACUGCAUAUAACAUGCAAGUGCAAAUUUAUAUCUCACAUUUAUGAGCAAAUAAAGUCAGUUGCCAGUUAUAAAAUUAGAAUUGAGAGUUAUAAAGUAGUUUAUAAUUUUUUAUAAUUUUAAGUAAUUUUUACUAUUAAAUUUACUUUUUACUGGUUAAUUGAUCAAUUCUGAGACGAAAAGUCACCUUAAAACUGCAAUUGCAGGUUUAUAUCUAUGAUUCUGACUUUAUAUAACCCUCAAUUGUGACUUUAUAUAUCACAAUUCUGACUUUUUAAAAAAAAGUCAAUUGUGAGUUAUAAAAGUCAGAAUUGUGAGUUUAUAUCUUGCCAUUCAGACGUUAGUUGCCAUUCCUGAGUUUGUUUCUCAGUUCUGAGAAGAAAAGUCUGAAUUUUGCGAGAUUGAGAUUAAAAAGUCGCAAUUACUUUUUUUUUAAUGCUGUUGCGGAAACACGCUCCCAUUGAAGCCAGCCGUUCCAUGUACAUGUGAGGGUCGGGGUAAUACUUUCUUCCAGAUACAUUUGAUGUAGCCCAAAUACAAGAGCAUGGACAAUUAUCUUAUUCGAGCAGAUAUGAACUAUGAAUGUUCUGGUUUGAAAAGCAUGCACAAGAUAUCAUGAAUAUAUAUAUAUAUAUAUAUAUAAAUAUAUACAACAUAUAUAGUAUAUAUGUAUCAGUUCCAUAUUUGUUUGAUCUGGUGCUAAGUUCUGUGGAAUUGACUGCAGUUUUGUGUUUGUUUUCUAUGGCAAUAGAUUAUCGACUCGUGUUGUGCUUUAAUAUUCAGUCAUGAUCAGAGUUAUCACAUACCUCAGUGUCAUCAUUCGACUGGGUUUUCACAUCGUUCUUCAAUGUUUAGAGUUUUCCAUGAAAACAUCCAGUGCUAUAUCGAUGGAGAUGUAUUUUAUGAUAAUUUAUUUUUCUACAUUUUAAAUUUGACUUGUUUGUCAAAUGAAAAGAACAGAAAGAGCAUUGAUUGCUGAUUAAAUAUUCACGAUAUACAAUCAUGCACUGGUGUUCUUGUGU